GCCACAUCCAGUGCCACUGACCUCCUGCCCCGGCGGCUCCGGGUCAGUAACGGGGCGGCAGUGCUUGACCCAGUCCGCUUAAAAGAGCCUCGAAGGGCCGGGGGGCAGGGGCUGCCUGCACGGGGGGCGCCGGCCUGGAGCGCUCGGCCUGGCUCCCCCGGCCUGGCUCCCCCGCGGGCCGCCCUCAGCGCGGGGCCGGGCGCGGCGGGCGAGGGGCCUGUGCUUUCGCUUUCGCUUCGCUCCCGCCCGGCGACAGGCGGUUGGCGGCCGCGGCAGCAGCGCUGAGGCCGGCGGGGCCGCGGGCCGGCGGCAGGGACUGGGCGGGUGAGGGGGUACGCGGGGCCGUGCCCGGCGGGGGGAUUCCUGCGCGUUCUUCCCGUCCCCGGCGGGCGGUUGCCGGCAGCCGCCGGUCGGAAAUGGCAGCGCUGCCCCGGGCCGCGCCAUUUCCAGGCCCGUCCCCGGCCGCGGCGGCGGGGCUGCUGGCGCUGCUGAGCGUGGCCGUGGCGCUCGGCGCUGACCGCGGCGGCGGCAGCCGGUUUCCCUGGGACGCGGUGAGGCUCCCCCAGGACGUCAUCCCGCUGCAUUACCACCUCCUCAUCCAUCCGAACCUCACCACCCUGACCUUCGCUGGGACCGCCGCCAUAGAGGUUACGGUCACUCGGCAGACCAGCGCGGUCGUCCUGCACAGCAAGCGCCUGCACAUCACCAGGGCUGCCAUCGAGGCUGGCAGCGCGCGCUUGGCACAGGAGGUGCAGGUGCUGGAGCACCAUCCCCUCGAGCAGGUGGCACUCCUUGCCGCCCAGCCGCUGCGGGCCGGGCAGAACUACACUCUGAGCAUCCAGUACCUCGCCAAUCUCUCCGAGUCCUUCCAUGGCUUUUAUAAGAGCACCUACAGGACCCAGGAAGGAGAACUCAGAACGCUUGUAGCGACGCAGUUUGAGCCAACAGCAGCGCGAAUGGCCUUCCCAUGCUUCGAUGAACCAGCCUUCAAAGCCAGGUUUUCAAUUACGAUUCGGAGGGAACCAAAGCACCUCGCGCUGUCCAAUAUGCCAAUUGUGAAGUCUGUGAAUUUAACUCCCUGGCUUGUUGAGGACCAUUUUGCUACCACUGUCAAGAUGAGUACAUACCUCGUGGCCUUUAUCGUUUCGGAUUUUAAAUCCAUCAGCAAAAUAACCAGUCGUGGAGUUAAGAUUUCUGUGUACACGGUGCCAGACAAGAUCGACCAGGCUGGUUACGCCUUGGAUGCGGCGGUGAAGCUUUUAGACUUCUAUGAGGAUUAUUUCAGCAUUCCAUAUCCUUUACCUAAACAAGAUUUAGCAGCUAUUCCUGAUUUUCAGUCUGGUGCUAUGGAAAACUGGGGACUGACCACGUACCGGGAAUCUGCAUUGUUGUAUGACCCCAAAAAGUCCUCAGCAUCCUCUAAACUUUGGAUCACUAUGGUAAUAGCCCAUGAGCUGGCUCAUCAGUGGUUUGGCAACCUCGUUACCAUGGAGUGGUGGAAUGACCUGUGGCUGAACGAAGGGUUUGCAAAGUUUAUGGAGUUCCUGUCAGUCAGCGUUACCCAUCCGGAGCUGAGAGUUGAAGACAGUUUCUUAAGGAGAUGUUUUGAUGCCAUGGAAGUGGAUGCAUUAAAUUCUUCACAUCCUGUAUCUACUCCUGUGGAAGAUCCAGCUCAAAUUUUAGAAAUGUUUGAUGAUGUUUCUUAUGAGAAGGGAUCUUGUAUAUUAAAUAUGCUGAGGGACUACCUGACUGCUGAUGUGUUUAAAGCUGGACUUGUGCAGUACCUGCAGAAAUAUAGCUAUCAGAAUACAAAAAACGAAGAUUUGUGGAACAGCAUGGCAAAUAUUUGCCCUACAGUAGGUACUGACAAAAAUGAACUACAAGCUGAUGGUUUUUGCAGGACAAGCCAACAGUCAUCUUCAAAUGCACAUUGGACUCAAAGAGAGACUCUUGACGUGAAGGCGAUGAUGGACACUUGGACACUGCAAAAAGGUUUUCCCCUGGUCACUGUCACGGUGAGAGGGAAGAAUGUCCACCUGCAGCAGGAGCGCUACGUGAAGGGAGUGGAUUCUCCUUCAUCCACAGGGUACUUGUGGCACAUUCCACUAACCUACAUCACCAGUAAAUCUGACACUGUUCAGAGAUUUUUGAUGACAACUAAAGCAGAUGUCAUUAUCCUUCCGGAAGAGGUGGAAUGGAUUAAAUUCAAUGUGGACAUGAAUGGCUAUUACAUUGUGCACUAUAAAGAUGAUGGAUGGGAUCGUCUGAUUAACCUUGUGAAACAGAACCAUACAGUGAUUAGCAGCAAUGACAGAGCAAGUCUCAUUAACAAUGUAUUCCAGCUCGUGAGAAUAAAAAGAUUGUCAAUUUCCAAAGCUUUUGAUUUAACUUUAUACCUGAAACAUGAAAGACAAAUCAUGCCUGUACUCCAAGGUAUGCAUGAGCUGAUUCCUAUAUACAGGCUCAUGGAGAGGAGGGAUAUGGAUGGUACAGAAAAACAGUUACAGGAGUAUAUAGUCAAUCUGUUUAAAGACCUGAUUGAGAAGCAGUCUUGGAGUGAUGAAGGCUCAGUGUCAGAGAGAUUGCUUAGGCACUCGCUCCUGCUGUUUGCCUGCGUGCACAGGUACCAGCCGUGCGUGGACAAAGCCAAAGGAUAUUUUACAGAAUGGCAGAAGUCCAAUGGAACCUUGAGCUUGCCAGCAGACGUGAAGACAGCAGUGUAUGUAGUUGGAGCACAAACUUCCGAAGGUUGGGAUUGCCUCCUUAGUAAAUACAGACUGCCCUUGUUCAAUGUAGAGAGAAACAACAUUGAAUUAGCUCUCAGCCUCAGCAGAAGUAAAGACAAACUUCAGUGGUUAAUGGAUCAAGGUCUGCGUGGUGACAUCAUAAGAACUCAGGAUCUUCCAUCUAUUACUAUACAUGUUGCCAGAAACCCAUCUGGCUAUCAUCUAGCUUGGAAGUUUUUAAAAGAAAAUUGGGAGAAACUUGUAGAAAAAUUUGAACUCGGUUCGAAUUCCCUAGCAGGCAUUGUCACUGGAGUGACAAGUCGGUACUCGACAAGGUCACACCUUGCAGAGGUGAAAGAAUUCUUCAGUUCUCUGGAGGAAAAAAGCGCACAGCUUCGUUGUGUCCAGCAAGCUCUUGAAACCAUUGAGGACAAUAUACAGUGGAUGGAUAGAAAUUUUGAGGAAGUCAAAACAUGGUUGCAAAACAACCAUCUGUAAAUCAAUGCACCUUGCUUAUGUUUGUCAGAAAUAACUGAAAAGCACUCAAAAGCUAUGAAAAUUCAGGGCUGGGGGGACAGCACAUUCUAUAAAUUAGUUUCUUUGGAAGGAGCCAUGAGGCAGCUUAAUGCUGCUGCUCAGUGUUCUUCUCCCACGGUUGUGGUUUGCUGGAACGGGACCAGACUGUUCACCGACUGCUUCCACCAGGUCACAACCGUGGGAGAAAAGGAACGCUGUGCAGUGAACCGAGGCGUCGGGGAGGCUGACGAUGAGAAAUCUGGAAGGUACUGGGACACAACCAGCGGGAAGGAUUCCACCUGCAGUCCUGCCCCUGCCUGCGUCCUCCCUGCGAAGGUGCAACUGGCAGCGGUUAACAGGAGUGCACUGAGGCUCUGCAGCAAAGCCAUCAUGGCACGUGGCUUCCUCCUCAUGGUUCAUGUUUCCAGGAGAGUAAUUUUUACAAACAUGUACCUCAGAUCAAGCAUCAUAUAAUUAAAACCCCCCAAGUAUCAGCUGUAAUUAAAAUUGUGUCCGCCAAAGUACAGGCGGCGAGGCCUCUCUGUGCAAGCUGUGCCGAGGUCUCGGGGCCGGAGGCGGCUGCGGCGCUGUGGAUGCUGCGUGGUGCCGCGUCCCUCCGCUUCCAUCCCUUCUCCCGGGAGUUCUGCCCGAUCCCUUUUGCUGCCAGCGCUUUGCCUGCACUGGAAAUACUCUUGCGCUUUUAGGUAACAUUCAGGAAAUCAGUACGUACAUUUUGCAUACAAAAAAAAGAAAGGUCAGUGAAUUUCACUUUAGAUGAUUAACCAUCAGUUUGUUUUAGCAGGAAUUUCUGCUUCUAAUGAUCCCUUUUUCACCUAGUUAAAGGGCAAUUGUUGUCACAUGUACUCACUGACAUUUAAAAGGACAAUCAUUCAUAAUGGUCUCUUAGCUGUAGGGUAGUGAUAAGAAUUGUAGGCUAAUUGCUCUAAGGAGAGGAAUUAUUAAUACCACAUGCUGGGAAGGGACAGUUCCUUACAAAAGUCAAGUUUACAUCUUGGAGGUGGGUUGUUUUUUUUUUUCUUAAUAGACAGUUGUGAAUGGCCUUCUCUGUUUACCUGCAGACAACUUUUAUUUCAGUACUGAACUUUAAAAUCAAAACAAUCCAACUAAUUACCACAUGUGCUGAAACACACUUGAUUUCUUUGCUCUUACAACCAUGUCGUUGACAUGAUUCCGUAGUGUUUGCUUCCUCUUCAGCUCUGGCGUGUCUCAGUUUCCUCACCGAUAUGCCGAAGCGACCAGAAACUUGAAGAAAGAUAAAGGCUUAGGGAAAAAUGGAUAAUCUGGAACUUUUGACUGUGCCUUGCUUGCUCUUCUCUCCUCUAGAAAUGACACCUGCCCAAGAAUUUGAAACCUACUUCAGUGGGGUUCAGGAGGGCGGGUCAGUUCCGCUACUGAGGCGAAAAGCUUUGCCCCGAUGCUGCUGAAAAUACCGUUUCCUUUUGCUCGCCGUAUCUUUUUCUAUAUGAGGCAACUUGUACCUCUUCACGCAUUUAGGGAAUGGGGAUCCUGAGCAGGCUGUGUACCACAUAUGCAGCAUUUUCUGGUUUUUUCAGGUAUUGUUGACUGUUGCUUCCUUUGAAAUGUUUGUAGAAAUUGAGAGGCAAUUUAACGAAAAAUAAAAUUUGUUUACAUGAUUC